AUGGCCCCAUGCGUGGUGCCCAUGGGAGAACUUGCCAAUGAGUCAGAAGAUUUUGACUUCUCCGGUGCUUUAGGCACUCGAUAUCAGGAGACUCGGGCUUCGAGGACCAAUCCUCCAGCGGGACUACGUGAGGGCUUACUCUCGCACUUUACAGCGUUCCAGCUGCGGGCGAAGAGCACCCAUGAACAUGUGGAGGCCACGAGAGCGCCAGUGGACGUAUUCAAGGCCGAGCAGAUGUUGCUUGACUACGCUGAGAGCCUGGCUCGUGAAAUCGCUGCAGGACGCGAUGAGCUCCGCCGGUCUGGCAAGUGCCAAAUGAAUGCCGAGCUCAGUGCCCAGCAUGAUACACUUUGCUUCUGUCUCGCGGUGCUGGAGCUGAUCAUAGAGACGGCCCUUCGUCGUUAUGCUCCAACUGCACCUGGGCUCUUGCGGUGGUACUGUCGGCACUAUCUGGAAGGUGAAGAGGACGUUUCUGAUUGGUACCAAGGCGCGCAAGAUGCGUCGUCAGAUGAUGUCCUGUGUGAGGAUUCCCCUUUUUGGGAACCGAUCUGCCGGUUGGCGCUUGCUGACCGAAAGAGCGAAGUCGUCCAAUUGCUGAAGGGGAGCUCUGCAAGACGGGACAGCCACGUGAUUCUGUUCUGCGACUUUCUUUCAAAGUUCCCUUCUAUGCGAGAGAUGGAACUCGCUGGGGCGAGUGCCGUCGAAUUUGGCCAGGCCAUAGUGGAAAUGCAGGAUGCAGCACAAGGCAUCGCGUGCCAGCUCCCAGAGAAGCAUCCUUUGCGGCAGCUUUUGGAAGUUUACAUGAGGUCGAGCCAGGUUGACUUCGAAGCAAACAGGGACAUAUCCUGGAAAUAUAGCCGGAGCUGGAUUGAGGAUUUCGUGUUCAGCCAUGCAUGGGUAUUCCCGGACCUGCGCCGUGCCGAGCUCGGAGACUUGCUUCAGGCAGUUGCCCGACGUCGACAGGACGAAAGCAUCGACAAUGUAGACAGAGCUUUCGUCGCAGCCGUGAAGUGUGACGUGACGGCCUUGCUGGAGCUACUUACCUCCAUGCCGGAUAAGUUUCCUCAGUAUUUCGUGGUGCAUUUAGUGGAUUUGCUGUAUUAUGCAGGGCGGCUGUCACUGUCUGCCGAGCCAGACACUAAUCUUGCACCGCGGGACUGGCAUCUCAUAGCGUAUGCUGCGGAUCUGUGCCAGCCACCGCAGCAGCUACGUUGCGCUCUGAACUACUUGCGAGCGGGCGGUGCUAGUCAAGUUGCACGAUGCUUACAGGUCAUGGCUGACAAGUACUGUGCUAGUGCGGUCGGUGACAACAAGUCUAUGUGGGAAGCAUUGUCAGUUUUGGAUGACUUGGAGUUGGGUGAACUGGGUCGUCAACAUUGCUGGCAGCGUGCACGACUUCUCCAGAAUUCCGGUGACUUGCUGGGUGCUUUGUCCUGGGCAUGUUGGGCAGUUGUGGGCAUUCCCAGCUUGGAGCAAGAGGAGAUUUGUGUGGACAAGCUGGAUAAAGGAGCAGCUGAUAUCUCAGACUUCUGUGAUGGCAUUGUCGAGAACGGCAUGUUUGCUCUCCUUGAGGCUCUUGCUCCAGCAAACCUGGAAGAAUCCUUCGACGACUGUCCCUCUCCUGCGUUAUUAGCCGCGAUGGCCCCGCCUGGUGCCCCAGCACCUUUGCCAACGCUUCCAGCUUCCGCUCGCCUUUACUUCUUCAUCCAGUAUGCCCGCUGCCAUGCCUUGCACGUGGCUGGCAGGCCGACUGCGUCCUGGGCGCCUGUUCUGGUGAAGUUGCUAUCCCAUGGUUUUGCUUCGGCUGCCGUGCAGCUUCAGGUGUUGCAGGAGGAACUGUCUGGGGUGCUUGAAGAGGAUCCGUGCCCAUUCGAGACAGAGGAGGUUCUUGCACUCAUGCGGAUUGCCAAUGUGGCAAUGGCCGAAGAGCCGAAGGAGACUUCUGAGAAGGUCCGUGAUCUUCACAGAUCCUUGGGCAUGUGCUUGAGCCGAGCUAUCCUCCAAGGGUCAGGGCGGCUUGGCAGUCGCUCCGUGCCGCAUACACCUGUUCUGAUGGCAUAG